CCUGGAAUCAGCAAGACACACACACGCCACGACUUCAUCAACAUCAACAAAGUCGCAAUGGACAGCAAGCGCGAGAACAAACUCUUGGCAUUCUUGAAUGGAUCGGCGGAAGAAGACCAGGACCCCGUGAAGUUUUUUGAAUGGGCUGGUUAUCCUUCUUGGAAUGAAGGACAUGCAGGCGCAGUGUGGAAAACUACGGUCCGCGGCCUUGAUGCAGAGAAGGCAAUUGUGCUGGAAACUAGGUGGGCAAACUCCAAAGACAGGAGGAGAGAAUAUUGGGAGAAACUGCGUCGAAAAGAAGAAGCAGCUAAGAAAAUGGAGGAAUGGUCCCAGAAAAUCGAGAACGUCAACAGCAAUGAGCAGGAUAUUGUAUUUGAGUUCCAGCACCAUCGGUUCAAGAAGUUCAUGGAUGACAAAAUAUCGCCAUUUAUUACCAAGGAUGAGCCCUCUCCACCAUACACGCCUCCAUUCCCUAAUAAGCGUCCCCGUGAGGCCUUUGCAGGAGGCAGCGAGUCGUCCUGGGAAGUUCUGAUGCCUGGCGAUAUCAUUGAUGCGCUACAAGAAAUGUUACCUCAUCAGCGAAUGGGGGAAUUACUGGGUCUCAAGCGGGAACAUAUAUUCUCCUGCGUCUUGGAGGAUGUUGACAUGGGCGCCCUCUUCACUCAGUACUUCGAAGCCUGUUGCCUCGAGUCUUACAAGCAUGGAUACCCUGAGGAUGCGCUUGCAUUGUCUGCAACCCUAUUGAUAAAAAAGAACUCUCGCUCCCCACGACUACUCAAGGCAUUUGGUGGCCAACGAUUGACAGCCUUGAGAGAAACGCUCCUCAAGUCGAUUGUACCCACCCUGGAUACCACCCUGCUAGACAAGCAACAGGCGCUCAUAUCCAAAUGGGUUAGAUGGGUUUGCCUUGUUUCUGAAAAUAGGAGAGAGAACAUGGCCAAGCGAAUGGAUACACUGGAUCAGCUGCACAGUGAUUGGAAAGAGGCGAAGGACCUGGAUCUUGCUGCAAUGCACACUUAUUUUGUGAUGUGUAUCCAGGGACUGUUUGCAUCACAGCCAUUGGACUUCCAAGAGGCAGAUGGCAUUGCCUCCUUCAUCCGAAACUUGUUGGCAGCUUUCCUGCAAGAAGUGGACUUGGUUAGGUUUUCAUGCGCCGACAAAGGCUCAGAAGCCUCGCGGUACAACAAAGCCAUUAACCAGUUGCAAGGUAAAUCAAAACAGCCAGACAUGGUUGGCAUCUUUACUUAUGAGGGAGUCAAGGUCGAGACUUUCUUCGGUGAGGCUAGUAGCGUUGCAGCAAAGAGCACAUUCAAGUAUGGUGGAGAUACCAUAAGGUUGGGGGUCUUUGGCAAGAACGGCCAUGAUAUGAUAAACAACCUCGUGGAUCUGGAGGUGCCGCUGCUUCUCUUCAACAUUAAUGGACUAGUGUUGCAAGCAUUUGUUCUUGAAAAAGUCCAGGAUAUCUAUGCAAUGCUGGAGAUCGGCACAGGACGGAUCCCUUGCUCUGUCAAUGAUCUGCUAUUCUUAUCGCAAGAUCUACCAUUCUGGCUACAGCUCAGGGAGAUUGCUAAAAAGACGUCGGCAUCUAUUGAGCGUGCGGUGGAUGCUGGCCAGAUUGACUACGAGCGCAGGAAGUCGUUCUACCCCACUAUCACCACACCGUCAGCCCGAGGCGCCCUUAGCUCAGCGAAAUAAAGCACCUCAUGCACCCUGACACUGGGAUUCCAACA